AUUGAUUGCGACAUGGAGGUCACAUCGUCAUGGACGACAGGUCAGGUGCUCGAGUUGGCACAAGAAGCCCAUGCACGGGAAGUGCAUGUGUUCUUGCCGCAAAAGCUGACGCUAUGCAAGUGCAAGGAGGACCUGUCCUGCACCGUUACGAGUACGUCCUUGUUACUUACUCCCACAAGCAUGCGUUCUCAUCCUUAUGCUCAGUCAUGUUUCCGACGACCCUCAAGCUGCUUGACGUGACAAUCGACAGUUCUGCGCGACAUGUGGAAGUGUACAUCAUAACAGUGAGUCCGACGGGCGAGCGGCAGCCGCGAUACGUCGACACAGUGCGCGGGGUGAAGUCGGGCACGGACGUAUUCCAUGUUCCGUAUGCGUUUUCCAAUACGGAGGACAUGCAAGUCGCUUCCGGUGUGUCGUUCAAGUUCGUGUCGCUGCAGCCAACGCACACAAAGGAUGUUCUCACGCUCAGCGAACUCAAGGUCCGCGUGCAUCCACCACCAGCUGCCCCGACCCCACCGCCUCAACUAUCCACUGCAACCCCCGAUGUCGCAAGCCGACCUUCCCCGCCCCCAAUUGACAUGGACACGAUGAAAAUGAUCUUGUCCAUGCAGCAAGCCAUGCAAAAGCAAAUGGAAGACAAGAUCUACAAGGCAGUCGAUUCCCGCUUGUCGCUCUUGACCACCCGACUGCAAUCCACCGAAUCCAAGAUCCUAGCGCUUACAAACAACGUUCCACAGGCGGAAGUCAACCAUGACAAGGAAUCGUUCGCGGGUAUCCUCAAACGACUCGCGUCCUUGGAGAAGGAAGUACGAGGAAUGAAGGCAUGCCACGACAGCGGCGAGCUUGCAACGGCGUUGCAGCAGCUCCAGACGACUGCCAACCUACAAGAUGGAGAUGACGUCGCUACCCUCGGCGAAUCCGACGACCUGGAUGACGGAGCGUUGGCCACGGCUACGUCCAGUACUGCCGUCGACUCGUAGAUAGAUAUUAUGUCCUUUGACUUUUGUGAAUUUAUCUGCGGCCCAUGUGUCCAGGGAGCGAUUGGAUUGGCUGGUCA